AUGGAGUCUCCAAUGCCCAGCAGCAACGGCGGCUUGUCGCCGCGCUCUUUUGCCAUACAACACCAGCGCCCGCGGAUCAGCUUUACAGGGUGCUCCAGAAUCACCGAUUAUGAGGUACUCGGCAAGCUUGGCGAGGGUACCUUUGGCGAGGUUCAUCGCGCGCGUUCGCGCAAGACCAACGCUCUCGUCGCGCUGAAGAAGAUUAUUAUGCAUAAUGAAAAGGAUGGCGUAGGUCAAACCCAGUUCAUCGCGCGUAGGCCCUGCCAGGCCAUGCGUGACGACCCAAGACCACUUGAGGCUGACGACAAUCUCCAGUUUCCCAUCACCGCGCUCCGAGAGAUCAAGCUCUUGAAACUGCUCUCCCAUGAUAACAUCCUCCGUCUCGAAGACAUGGCAGUAGAGCACCCCCCUAGAUCGAACGAUGUGAAACGAAAACGACCAAUCAUGUACAUGGUUACACCUUAUAUGGACCACGAUCUUUCCGGACUCCUCGAUAACCCCUCGGUCACAUUUACCGAACCCCAAAUCAAAUGCUACAUGUUGCAGCUUCUCGAAGGCCUGCGUUAUCUACAUGAUCAACAUAUCCUUCACCGAGACAUGAAGGCUGCCAAUCUGUUGAUCAACAACAAAGGAAUCCUCCAGAUUGCCGAUUUUGGUCUGGCGAGACACUACGACGGGCCCACGCCCAAGGCCGGCCAGGGAGGUGGAGAUGGCAAGCGGGAGUAUACCGGCCUGGUCGUCACCAGAUGGUACAGGCCUCCCGAGCUUCUGCUGCACCUGAAGAAAUACACGACUGCUAUUGACGUCUGGGGUGUUGGUUGCGUGUUUGGUGAGAUGCUUACCGGGAAACCUAUCCUUUCGGGUGACAGCGACGGCCACCAGCUAGAUAUCAUCUGGGACCUCGUGGGCUCGCCGACACCACAAAACAUGCCGCUGUGGAGCACACUUCCUGGCUCCGAGGGGCUGCAACCGCGGUCCCGUCCCGGCAACUUGUCCACGAGGUUCAGGGAACACGGUUCGGCCGCCAUCUCGUUGCUCAAGGAGCUUCUAAAGCUGGACUGGAAGACGCGCAUCAACGCCAUUGAUGCGCUGCAGCACUCGUACUUCAAGAUGUCGCCUCUGCCGGCCAAGGCGCACGAGCUCCCAACAUUUGAGGAGAGCCACGAAUUUGACAGGCGCAAGUUUCACGACCGCAAGGCAGCCCUGCCUCCAGCCCCUAAGGGUGGCACGGAUGGCAUGGGCCCCGAAGCGCAUGGCGCGAGCGCCGGUUUCAACACUGGGGACAGCUAUGCAAGCGGUCGCAACGGGUGA